GUUCGGCGAUUUGCUCGUCACUGCUGCGUAUAUCGCUUCACAUACUCUUCGGCUAUUGUUCGAUAUUGUACUUCGAUUCUGUCAAGAGAUCGCUCCAAGAAUCAACUCUCAACCCAUCCCCAAACAGAUGUCCUUCGAUAUGGUUGUUCGAAAAAUGUUACUAUGCUGCACGCACUCGUAGCAGAUUAAAGACGUCUAUAGAUAAAAUUAUUAAAAAUUUUUGGGACAGAGAAAAUUCGCCAAGAUGAAUAACACAAAAGAGGAGGACGAUCCCGUUGUUAAACAGAUACCAGUGUUUCUAUCCAAGAUGUUAGCAGAUAAAUUAUUUAUUCUUCAAUACCCUGCAUAUUCCAAAGUCGGCUGUGAGAAUACCACUUUUUUGAAAACUUCUAUCAAACCAGAAAGUCAAAUGAUUCAAAUGGAACUUGGGAUUGACACAGCAAACCAAAACUAUGACAAAUAUAUAGGAAAAGACUUUGCUCACUAUGCUGACAAAUCCAAAGGAAACGAUGAUAAUAAUGAAAAACUAUUUGAUAGUGGUACGAUGGACAAAAUUAAGCUGACUUCGUAUCCGGCAGUACAAGAUUGCUCACAUUUUGCAGUAGGAAUAUUUCAGGAUGGAGAAUUGCACAUCACGCCGCUAAAAGGAAUGCUGAAUAUGAAAUUGGAGUGUGAUUAUUUGGAUGAGAAAGACAAACGUGCCAAGGACACAACAAAGAAUACGGAAGAUGAUGACGAGGAUGAAGAGAGUGUCUCGCCGGUGAAGAUAAAAUUCUCCAGGCACUUACCAGAGAGUUUGAAGAAGUCGCAGGAACAAUCUUUUCAUCACAAUUCUGAAAAAAGUCAGAAAGAGCGCUGGAUACACACAAAGUAUAUACCAGCUGACGACGAUCUGGCCCAUUUAACACGAAUGGAGUUGUUCUGCCAGUCAGCCGAGGAGCCGGUGAGCGCUCUGAACUUGAGGGAAAAGAAUUAUUUUGAUUUGAUGACGCCUCCUUCCUUUAUGAAAAAUUCUGAUUCGCGACCCAUUCCAGAGAACGAUAUAGAUUUUCAUUCCUUCGCGACUUUGCCUUUGCUGGACCAAAUCAGAAUAAUAAUGAAACACGUGAAGGUUGUAGUUUUCAGCAAGCUGCGCGCCAUUUUAUCGCCGGAACACGACAUUGCGACGGUGCUAAAGUAUUUGCAGCAAGUAGCUGUGCUCGUGCAAGGCAACUGGGUCGUGAACAGCGAACUGCUUUAUCCCAAAGAUCACUCCUCGCAAGGGAGUAUUUCCGACCUCAUGUGCAAGGCUCGCGAUUACAUUUUAUUGUCGUUCACGGAACAACAAUUCCUUCACCGUCAUACAAUUUCCUCCGUUAUAAAAUUGUUGCCAGAGGAGAUAAACGAGAUUUUCAUGGAUCUCGGAACGUUUAAUCAGGAAAAGGGCUGGCAACUGAAAGAGCCGCCCAAUUGGAACUUCUGCGACAGGUAUCCCGAGAUUGCUCAGCGACAGGAAUUGUUCUGGGAUGCGAAGAGGAAGUACUUGCGCGAGAUGAUGGAGGCGCAGAACCAGCCGCCGCAGCGUCAACGCCGAAAGUCGAAUCGGGAAUCGGUGGGCUCGGAGAACGAGGAGAGAAACGUCGGCCGCGGUCGAAAAUCGCUCAGAGAUUCGUCUCUGUCGGAUGACGGCGCGACCGAACCGGUUAAACACAAAAAAAGCAGUCGUUCCAGAAAAGUAUCCGAGACCGCCACGUGACCAAAACUCAACACGUUGAAAUAGUUGAUUUUUUAAAAGAGCUUUCCUCGUUCACCGCUAGUCGUCACAACACCGACGAGUCGCAGGAUUUCUCCGCGAUAUCUACUACCGUAGACCACGCCCAACAAUUGAUCGAAAGGUGUGUACUCGAAGCUUAAUAUCCGUGUUUCAUCAGUAAUGAUGAUGUGUAUUGGUUUGCUGCGUAUAUAAAUACAUAUAAUGUUAUAUAUCUAAGAAUAAGAGAGAGAGAGAAAGAAAGACAUCCACGUUUGAUUUUUAAUGGUUUUUAUUUAUUCUAAGUUAAAAAAUGAUUAAAGUUGUGUUUUUUGUCUGAUUUAAGAGUCGAUUGUGUAUUUGUACUCUUUGUAUGUAACAUUAUAUGUGUAUAUAUAUAUAUUAACGCAUACGUCGUGAUAUAUUUCUCACUCGAUGAGAAAUACGUCACUACUUUGCUCACAUCGUUCGCAGCACGGUUGACGCUUCUCAAACGACUGAUAAUUUUUUACGUACCACUAAUUGUUAAUAAUAUUCUAAUGAUUUAAAUAGAACUGUACGAACAAUUGUACAAACAUAGUUUAAUGAAUUUUGAUCGUAACUCUGUGUUUCCUUGUUUUCUUGUAUGUAAAUGAUUGAUUAUUAUCAUAUAAUAAACAAAAUCUA